CUUUUUUUUUUUUGCCAAAAAAAUCUUGAGUAUUUUUCAACAAAAACAGUUCACAUGCCAGCUACAGUACUGAAAAUCAUAGAGAGACAGCAUAAGCUCCUCAUGACUAUUGACUAUCAACAAAAACACUACAAAAAAGAUGGAGUAAGGAGACCGGAGACCACUUGUUAGAAUUUGAACCAAAGAAGAUGGAGACCUAUUGACGCACCCAUCCAGGGACAUCUCCUUCAUAGACUGACAAGCAUUAGAAUAGAGUUAAAGGUACAAUAUAUUAUUAUUUUUUAAUUUUUAUCAUUAAAGAAAAAAUUGAAUCCUUAUUGUUUUGGCCUAUAAAUACCAAAGCAAAUUCAAGAAACCAUAACCAACUAACCUCAGCUAUCUUAAUUUUUGGUUUUUGACUUGAAAAGUUUGUAGCCAUUAUGCAAAGCAUGAAGCCUCAUGCAGUGCUCCUUGCCAGCCCUGGCAUGGGACAUCUCAUUCCUGUCCUUGAGCUCGGCAAACGCCUUGUAUCUCAUCAUGGCUUCAAUGUCACAAUAUUUGUCGUCACAACGGAUACUUCUGUCUCUCAAUCCCAACUUCAAAAUCUAUCACAAACUUCAAAUCUCAUUGAAGUUGUUUUAUUGCCACCUGUAGAUAUCUCAGGCCAGGUCGACCAAACCACUUCAAUCUUAUCGCAGAUUGCAAUGAUGAUGCGUGAGGCAUUACCAAGCCUCCGGUCUGCAAUAUUAGCAAUGAAAAUUCCUCCAAUUGCUCUUAUCGUGGACAUGUUUGGGACUGAAGCUUUUGCUAUUGCUGAUGAGUUCAUGAUGCUGAAAUAUGUUUUCAUCACUUCAAAUGCAUGGUUUCUUGCCCUCACUGUCUACGCACCAACCCUUGAUAAGGAAGUGGAAGAUGAUCUUGUUUACAACCAAAAACCACUUUUAAUUCCCGGGUGCAAGCCGAUUUGCUUUGUUGACUCUUUUGAGCCGAUUCGGCGACCAAACAACCAAGUCUACAAGCAAGAUUAUUUGCGCAUGGGAACCAAGAUAUCCACGGCUGAUGGAAUAUUAGUGAACACAUUUUAUGAAUUGGAAUCCCAGACACUGGCUGCUUUGAAUGAUAAAAUAAAGCUAGGGAUGGUCGCUAAUGCUCCCGUUUAUCCAAUUGGACCACUGGUGAGGCCCGUCGAUUCUGGUGUGAGAAGUGAAGUGUUGACUUGGCUAGACAUGCAACCCAAAGAGUCGAUCAUAUAUGUUUCUUUUGGGAGUGGUGGAACCCUCUCAGCCAAGCAAUCUAUCGAGCUGGCAUGGGGUUUGGAAAAGAGCCAACAACGGUUUAUUUGGGUAGUUCGCCCUCCAGUUGAGAAUGAUUCAGCAGCAACUGUUUUAAAGACAAGCAACGGCUGCCAUGAUUCUCCAAGCUACUUGCCUGAUGGGUUCCUGAAUCGCACCAGCAAAAAUGGGCUGGUGGUUCCGAUAUGGGCACCUCAAGCUGAAAUCCUAAGCCAUCCGUCCAUAGGUGGAUUUUUGUCCCAUUGCGGCUGGAACUCAAGUCUGGAGAGUAUAGUCAAUGGUGUUCCAAUGAUCGUGUGGCCACUGUUUGCAGAACAAAAGAUGAAUGCUACAAUGCUGACUGAGCAUAUUGGGGUGGCUACCCGGUCGAAGUUGUUACCAUCACAGGACGUGAUUGAGAGAAGCGAGAUAGAUGCAAUGGUUAGAAUGAUUAUGGUGGAUAAAGCAGGGGAAGCAAUCAGAGCCAGGGUGAAAAUGCUAAAAUCAUGUGCUGAGAAGGCUCUUAGCAAGGAUGGCUCCUCUUAUAGUUCUCUGGCUAAGGUGGCCAAAGACUGCGAGAUCAACCUGCAGCGCCAGAAUGCGAAAACUGGCGCUUGAUAUUUCAUCAUCCUAAUGAAUGCAACUUACAAAAAAGUUGUUUAAAAGAGGUAUCUUCAAUCCCUCUUUUGGAGUAAUGUUUCAUGUUGCAUAUUUUCCUAAAUAUACUAACGAAAAUUCAUGAAAAUCAUUACUUCUUCUAAUUGAGGAGACUUAUCAUUUUCAUUCCAAGAAGUCUCAAACAUCCCCCAUAUAAAUAGAUACACAAAACAUUAAUCACGCCAAAUUUACAGAAUCAAA